AUACCAUUUGAUUACAAUAGACAUCAUGAUGAAUCGGAACCGUGUGUUCCUUUUAAUAGGGCACUUAAAAGGCUUCAAGUCUCUUAAUUUCCACCACCCGCUCUGAAUUGUCAUCUUCGCUUUGACGGCUCCGUUUGGCGCCCUUCGGUUGUCUAAGGUGUCGUGUGGUGCUUAUCAUAAAGCAAUCAAAAGUCCCGAUCCACACAAGUUGUAACAUUCUGCAGAGUACUGCAGCCUUGUAAACAUCUUUCUUUUCCGUACCUAACAAAAAGUAUAGUUGUACUCGUAUAGUAGCAAGUUUGGUACGUCUGUGUUCUCUGCAGACUCGACAGAACCGAAGCCUUCAAGAGUAACGAUAACUGGCAUGAUGGGCUGCCUGUGGUUUAUGGUUUUCGUCAUGUGCGCCGGCAAAACGAUUUCAGCGGAAGUAACUUACGACUUCGAAUCAAGUGAUGAGCUGGCAACAAUCACACCGCACCACACCGUCCAGAUCACUGGCGAACGACACAAACACGGUCAUCACGCUCUCAAGUGGUCAUGGGAUAGCAAGGCGCGGUUCCUCAACUGGUCGCUAAGCGUCCCGGGAACUGACAUGAAGAGGGGAGGACUGCAGUUUCACCUGUAUAGCGACCGUCCGCAAGCAGGAAAGUGUCUCAGGGUAUGCACUGUUGUGAAGUCUCUUAGAUUCCACCGAGAAUGCACGUCCUGCUUUUUCUUGUCACUCAACUUCAAGGGCUGGCGCACGAACUGGGUCAAAUACAAGGAAUUCUCAGGUUGUCCGGCCGACUCUCCUCGUAUACCCUCUUUUCAAUGCUCAUUCAACUCCAACCACGAACUAAUCAAACUGUACAUCGAAUCUCCUGAUACACCAGGCUCCAUCUUUCUCGAUUUCUUGACCUUAAGCAAGGACAUGCAUGCCGGAUCACGUGAUCUCGUGAUCCCACCAAUGAUGAAGGCGGACGGAUCGCGUUGUUUCGCUUGCGAGGAGUUCGGUACGAUUGCUGAGAGUGACGCAGUGAAACACACGCCGCAGACGACGUUCUGGGAGCAUGCGUAUCGAUGGCAUCUCAGGUCUCGAUCCAGGCCCCCUGUCCUCGCGCUUUCUGGAGAUACGCUGAACAGAAAGGUGGCACAGCUGGCGAAAAUGAAGCGACGAAUGCUCGAUUGGUUUUCGAAAACUGGCCAAGCGUACUUCGAUUUGCUUUGGAGCAAUCCGAAGACAAGGCCCGAAAGGCGAUGGACGUUUCUGCUCCACGGAAGCUCCGAUGCAGAAGCUUGUUGGAACAAAAAAAAAGGGAAUAUUCAAUGUGCGCAUGUGCUUUUCAAGGACAUCAGUAUCAACCCGAAGACCCUAGAAGGCCCUAGCCUUUACUGUCGUGACUGCGAAGAGAAAACUGUCAACAAAGAAAUGAAAUUUCGCUACAUCUUUUACAUCAUCUUACUGCCGAUGGCUCUUGAGUACCGCAUUUGGUCUCAGGUCGACGCGCAAGCGUUCACCUUAUCAAAGCGUUACUGUGAUGGCAGCAACGACUUCCCAGCAUUCUCCACCGAAGACUGGGCGGCCAUUACGGGCAAGGACCAGGUCUUAGGUGAGAUCUUCAAAGACACUUGGAAUAAAGAGACGUUUUCUUCAACAUGCUUGGAUCGCUUCAAGGCCGGGAUCAACGCGUUGAAUAAGAAGCGCAUUGGGAAGAUCAUGCUCCUGUUUAAGUACAUCAGGAAUGAAGGGUUUGCCGAGGGAAGCUCGCUAGGCUCCUUGGACCAUCAGUUGCUGUACGGCCAAGGCUACUGGAACGCCGCAUUCCUGAUGUCUGACGUCAUACGUACUCAGCAAGAUCCCGGAUUCACCCUAAAGAACCUCAUUGACACCAUGAAAUGGUACACGGAGUUUGGGGAGUUGGAUCAAAAAGAGUUUGAACACAAAGGCGCCACUUGCGAUCGUGUUCGGAUGCACAUGCUGUUUAGGCUUCUAACCGUGCUUUCCAUGCCGGAAGAAACAGUGGCCGAGAAAAACGAGAAGGUUGAAGACAUGAAGAAGCUGAAGAAGUGGAUAGACGUCGUCUUCACCCCUACGGAAGGCACUUAUGGCUUGUUUAAACCCGAUUACCUUGGCUUCCAUCAUCAGUUCUUCUACGCUGGGGCGUACCUUCCAGAGGCCUUAUACAUGGGUACCCUGGUGGCUUAUGUGAUGAGAGGGACUGGUGAUGACCUCGCUUUGUCCUCGGAAUCUGAGGCCAACCUCGCCAAGGCUUUAGGGGUGCUCCGGGACAUUUCCGUCAAAUACUCGACACCCUCGAGUACUAAUGGACGCUAUCCGACAUACUUCAGGAGUAUGCUUUCCAAAAUGCCAACUGCUUUUGCACGAAUGGCAUUGAAUCCGCCCUACGAGAUUGGAGACAAGCCAACUUUGUUAUCCGAUACGGCAAAUGCGAGAAUGUUCGCUCGACUAAACCCUAUAAGCUCUAACAGCCCUCUCUGCCCGAAAGACACGUCUGUCUGUUGGGGCACGAUCGAUGCUAUAAUGUAUACCUUUUCUCUUGGGGACGCGGACUUUCUUGAAGAAGCCACUGAGAUAAUUAAAUCCCAGGGAAUAAAGCCUGAAGGUGCACCACAAGGAAACUGGGCGAAGAACUACGCUGCUUUGGCUAUCCAUAGACGUGAAAACUGGACAGUGACAGCGAAGGGAUUUAGUAACCUCGUGUAUAGCCCAGAGAGGUACUACAACGAGAAUGAAUACGGCUUGUUUGAAAUGCACGGCGCUGUGCUGAUCGCCAAUAGCGAGGAGGCAUUGAGGACAAAGCCCGUGGAUGCAGGAUGGGCGUGGGAGAAGAUUCCUGGGACGACGUCUCUUGGGCUCACGUAUGUCGAGAUGCGGAACGUCGCUGGGAACAGGUACACUAAUUCCAAGAAGUUCGCUGGUGCUGUUUCCAUCAUCGGUAAAGCUCGUAACAAACUCAUCGCAAAUGGCGCCUUUGGAAUGGACUUCGGGAUGCCUGUCUACUGGUUCAAGGUCAGCGGUCAUCCCCUGCAGGGCAAGCGCUUCGACUUUAAGAAAUCCGUAUUCUUUUUUGAUGACAUCCUAGUGUUCCUAGGGAGCGGAUUGUCGUCCGAUGUAAACGCCCCAGUGUUGACAACACUCUUCCAAGACACCGUGACGUCAUUGUCCGUCUCCAUGGAUACCUCAGCGCUAUACUUCUGUCACGGGCCUGCGAUGACGAAAAAUGAUUUUAGCGGUGACGUUCAAUUAGUUGACGUUCAUGGCAAUCGAUAUCAUGUCCCCGCGGCCUCAUCUAGGGACUUGGUUCUAGCAAGAGCUGUCACGCAAUUUUCUAUGAAAAGCAAAGGGCUUGACGUAAAGUCUCAGGGUUUCUAUUGUACCGCGUGGUUUGAUCACGGUCUGGGGACUGGGCACAGCCCAGCGGCCUAUGAAUACUUCGUACAAGUCAACUCCACAAAAAUUCCCUUGGCGUACCCAGGUCAAUACUUCAAGGUGUUAAUGAAAUCGUCCUCGGCGCACGUCGUAAAGAGCUUGAUCAAGUCGACGUACGGUUAUGUGGUAUUCACGGCUGGAGCAAUUCUCCCCGUGGAAGGCCCCCUUAAAUCAGUCAGCGCUGAAUGCCUGUUGAUGGUCGAGCAGGUCGGAGAGAGCCUGGUGAUUAGCGUCAGUUAUCCGCAAAUGAACCUAGGCAUAGGGCAUAUCCCCACAUCCGCCAAGGAAGUUAAUCCCGACUUCUGCAAAGAUGGUAUCCCCACCGAUCCGUUGUCCGCAAACUAUAGAUCCGCUCAGACCAGUGCUUUGUUCUUCUGCGCUGAAGACAAGGGCAAAACAAUCGACGUUCAGCUUCAUGACAUCCUCGCCAGCUAUGACGUCAUGUCUACUUUGGUGGACGGAGAGGAAGUAGCCGCUGAUGACGUGGUGCAAGCCUCGCCAGGUGCGCUGAGGAUUCUGGGGAUGAAACACGGGAAGAGCACUGAAGUCCACCUUCGCAGGCGUUGAUGGCAUAUAUGCCAUUAGCUAUAAAGGGACAUUUACUGUUAGGUAGUAUUCAUGAAAUAUCCUGUAGAGACGGGGGAAUUUGGCUCGGGACACCUUUAGAGUUCCCUCUUGAAAUUUCCGUCCCCCCCCCCCCCCCCACUUUAAAAAUCCUUCCCCCCCUCCUAAGAGGGCUCAUUUUUACAAAGCCCCCCCCCCCCCUCCCUUGAUUGGUUAAAAAUUUUCGGAGCAUCUCCCCAAUAUCUUUCCCCCCUAGGAUAUUUAAUAAGCACUUCCUUAGUUUAGGUCUUCUGUCUGGUAAAAGUCUUUGACGCAAAGCUGAGGUAGGAGGUAGCGUGAACUUUCACAUUAUAUAUUUCGACAGUCUUGAUAGAGCGGGCAUUCUAAGAAUACACUUUUGUGCUAGGAGGGUUGCUUGGUACCUAUAUGGGAGAAAAAUAGACUUGGUACUGGGACUGUUAAUUGUUAGUUAGGUCUUAUGGGGAAUAAAGUACACUGUAACGGUUUUCAGUUGUUUUGUUGGGGUAUGGAAUGUGCAUCCCAAGAAUAAAACUGACCGUAUGACAUUAUACUAAGUUUUUUUUGUUUCUUGUCUUGUGUUACGGUCGGUGCCUACAGGGAAAAAUCUUAUGUUGCGUUAGGGUCUGAAGCGACCUGACGGAUCGAUAACAAAAAACCUAAAAAUGAAUUCGAGGAAGCUAAAAUCGAGCAAGCAAUCAUGAACAACGGGAAAAAGAGAAAUCGGUCACAAUUUUUUUUAAAGUGCGUGACGUGCGUGAUAACCCAGCAUGCUACACGGUCGAGGUUCAAGCGUCUCUUGUGGUUGAUGGUCGUGUGUGGAGGAAAGACCACAUCUUGUCUUCGCUUUCCGCCUUCAUACAACCC